AUGUCGGACACCAACGAACCAUUCUACCUCAGAUACUACUCAGGUCACUCUGGGCGGUUUGGACAUGAGUUUCUAGAAUUCGACUUUCGUACACUCGGCGAUGGACGAAGUGCCUCUGCGCGAUACGCGAACAACUCGAAUUACCGAAAUGACUCGCUCAUCCGCAAAGAAAUGUGUGUUAGCUCGCUGUUGAUUGCUGAGAUCAAGCGCAUCAUCAAGGACAGCGAGAUUAUGAAGGAAGAUGACUCCAAAUGGCCUCAGAAGAAUAAGGACGGACGACAGGAAUUGGAAAUCAGACUAGGCACCGAGCACAUCUCGUUUGAGACGGCGAAAAUUGGAUCGUUAGUAGAUGUGACCGAAUCUGCCGACCCGGAAGGACUCCGCGUGUUUUACUACCUUGUGCAAGAUCUGAAAGCACUUGUCUUCUCGCUGAUCUCUCUUCAUUUCAAGAUCAAACCCAUCUAG